CCAUCCCCAUCGCUGCAUUACGCGCCCCAAUAAUUAACAGCACAAGCCUCCAAUCACACACUUGUAAACCAAGGGAGAGUGGCCGGCUGGGCGGGCGGGCGUCCAUGAAGGCAGCCAGCAGCCGUCCGGCAAUGGCGGCCGGCGAGGCCCAGGCCCAGCCCAAGCAGCAGCAGCCAUGGGAGUACAGCCUGAGGAAAUACCUCCUGCUGCUGGCCACCCUGGUGGUCACCGUCACCUACGCCGCCGGAUUCAACCCGCCGGGCGGCAUCUGGCAGAGCUCCGGCGGCGGCCACGACGGCGGACGGCUGGCCGGCGACCCCAUCAUCCGCGACACCGACUACGCCCGCUACCUCGCCUUCUUCUACUGCAACGCCACCGCCUUCGCCGCCUCCCUCGUCCUCAUCGUCCUCAUCCUCAUCCUCGCCGUCCGCCACGACAAGGAGAAGAAGAGGAAGAACAAGGACGCCGUCUGGGUCGCCUCCGACGUCGUCGCCCUGCGGAUCGUCAUGGUCGUUGACUUGCUCAGCCUCAUGGGCGCCUAUGGCGCCGGCACCUGCCGCGACACGGUCUCCUCCGUCUACUCCGCCGUGCUCGUCGCCGCUGUGUUCCUCUACAUUGUCGUCCUCAAGCUGCUCUCCUGGUGGUUCCCAGACACCAGCUCCGACUCCGGAUCCAGCUCCGGCGGGGCGACGCCCGUCCACAAACCUGACUCCGGCUCCGGCGGCGGGAUUCUGAUCCCGGUCCCCGACUCAGCCGUGAUUCCUGCCCCGGUCCCCGAUUCUGACCCCGUCGGAGUCCAAGAAGAAGUGGAGCGGCUCCGCAAGGCCAAGAAGAAGCUGAAAGCGGAGGAGCGGCUCCGCAAGGUCCUGAUGCUCCUGGCGACGUUCGCGGUGAGCGUUACCUACAUCGCGGGGCUGAGCACGCCUGGCGGCUUCUGGGACGCCGCCGGCGACGGCCACGGGCCCGGCGACGCCAUCCUCAACGACCACCACGGCGCGCGCCUGACGGUGUUCCUGCUCUGCAACACCACGGCGUUCGUGGCGUCGCUGCUCAUCACGGUGCUGCUCAUCAUCGACAAGAAGCUCCGGGAGAAGACGGCGCGGUCACGGGAGCUCUACGGGUGCAUCGUUGUGGCGCUGCUCGGGCUCGUCGGCGCCUAUGCUGCAGGCAGCUGCAGGGAGACAGACACCACCGUCUACGUGCUCGGCCUCGUCGGCGCCGUCCUGGCAUUCAUCCUGCUGCUCCAUGGCUUCUUCUACACUUCGCCGUCCGAAUGGCUGUGUUGUUCUUGUUCCAGGCCCAAAAGAACUGAGGAAAAUCAGCAUACUGAUGAUGAUCUCAGUACCAGGGAGGCUCUCGACAAGGCUCGCUCCCUUGUUCUGCUGCUUGCCACUCUUGCCGCCACCAUCACCUACGCUGCAGGGCUGGACCCCCCGGGCGGGCUUUGGCAGGACAACAGUGGCGGGCACAUGGCCGGCGACCCGAUCCUUCUCACCACAAACGCCAGGCGGUUCAAGGUCUUCUUCUACUGCAACUCGGUUGCUUUUGUGGCCUCCUUGGUGGCCAUCAUCCUGGUCCAGAAGAAGCGUCUAGUCAAGCAUCAUGUGCUGGAGGCAGCCAUGAUACUGGACCUGUUUGGCCUCAUCGGAGCGUAUGCCGCAGGGAGCUGCAGGGAUGUGAACACCUCCAUCAACGCCAUGGCCUUGGCAGGCGCCGUCCUGGUCUAUGUUGUGAUCCAUGUUGUCUUCUUCACUCUGGACCACAAGGACGGGGACAACAAGAAAGACGAUGAAGAGUUGCUGGAGAAGAGGCGCAAGCGUUUGCUCCUCUUCGCCAUCUUGGCGGCGACCAUCACCUACCAAGCCGGCCUCACGCCUCCAGGCGGCUUCCUGCUCCAGGAUGACAAGCUCAGCGGGCACCAUGCCGGCGACCCGGUCCUCUUGUACAACUUCCCGUGCCGUUACAAAGCCUUCUUCUACUGCAACUCGGUGAGCUUCAUGCUGUCCAUCGCUCUCAUCAUCCUCCUGGUGAACCCCAAUCUGUACAGGCCAGCCAUACGAAGCAAUGCACUGUCUGUCUGCACGGCGGUGGGCUUGUUCGGUCUGAUGGGGGGCUACGCUGCAGGGAGCACACAGCACUUCAAGACAUCCAUCUACAUCUUCGUGCUGGUGGCCGUGGUCCUCUUGGUCGCAGCCGGACUGCUGCUAGUGUUUCUGGUGAGGGAACUCGAGAAAAAGUGCAGUUCUGCAGCAGCCGUGCCUGUGUCUGUGUCUGCGCCAUCCAUUGAACAGGGGCUGGAGGAGCCCCCAAAGGAAGAAGCAAAGGGAGAAGAAGAACGGAAGAAGGAGCAAGAAGAAAAGAAGAAGGAGCGAAAAGAAAGGAAGAAGCAUGCCAGGCGCAAGUACCUGAUGCUGCUAGGGAUCUUGGUGGCGAGCGUGACCUACCAGGCCGGUCUGAAACCGCCCGGCGGAGCGUGGCAGAGCAGUGUCGACGGGUACGAGGCAGGUAACCCGGUGAUGCACGACAACAGGAGGCCACGGUACCUCACCUUCUUCUACAGCAACUCCACUUCCUUCGUGGCUUCCAUCGUUGUCAUCAUCAUGUUGCUGCCGCAAUGGCUGCCAAAGGAGAGGGAAGAAGAAUGGGAGGAGUGGUCGCUGAGGGUGAUGUACACGACUAUCGUACUGGAUCUAGUGGCUCUCCUAGGGGCCUAUGCAGCCGGCUCCAACAGGGGGUGGAAGACGUCCGUGUAUGUUGUCGCGCUCAUCCUCGCCGUGCUGGGUUACUUUGUGAUCCAUACAAUGCUGUCACUAUGGUCUGAUCGUCGUCGUCGUCGUCGCUGUGAGAGCCGAGAAAUUCCUCCAGCUCCAGUGUAAUUCUUAUCAAGUGCUCGGUAGCUCUACUAAUGCCAGGGAACCAAAAUUUAGGGAGAUUGCUCAUCUCAGAUUGUGAUCUAUCCAUUUCCCCCCGUCUCUAGAUUUUCAAUUAGCUUAGCUCCGUACAAUCUGUACUCUUUUCUAGCUCUCCCUCGUUCUAGAUUUGUAGUCUAGUUGAUGUAAUCGGGUCAACCUGCAUCCCAGUUGGAGGAAUAAGAAAAAACGUUGGUGGAUUCAAUGGGCAGGUAGGUGCGUGUAUCAUUAAUCCAAUGAACAUUGACGUUUUCUUGUACAGUUA